GGUGUAUAUCGUCUGAAGAUCUCUUGUGAAAUCAUAAUAGGCUUAACCCAAAGCUGACACGCUAGUUCUGACCACAGCGAGCAACCUCAGCUAAUCUCAAUCCUUUCCCUGCCAUCGUUAAGCUACAGAUUAUCACGCCAUCCACCGAGACUUGACAUAUGCAACAUUUGACCAAAGUAACAACAUCUCCCAGGUUUAGACCUUCCAGUACGGAGUACGGAGUACUACUCUAGCAAACUACACACUUUCUCGACAGGGUCAACACCAGACUAAACCACAUCUACGAAUCAUCGUUCCUCCGGUUACCAGCCAAUUCUGACUGAAGUGGUCGUUCUUCUGGACAUCGUUUUGCGGUACUUGUUUUGCGGUACUUGUUUUGCGGUUUACUCUGUCUCCGUACUGCAACCUACAUCCCAGCCGAGGAAGACUCCCAUCAUGGCCGACCCAACAACCUGUCCUCCUUUACUCUCCAGCUCCAUCGCCAGCGCGCGCGCUAAGAUACGCCCAUACAUCCACCGCACGCCGGUCAUAACGUCGCGGUCUCUCAACACCAUCGCUAGUUCGCCGGACCCGAAGGUAUUUCUAUCGGAGAAUCCACCGACUUUCGAGGAUGCGGAAAGAAGUCGUAACCCCGAGACGACGCCAUGCUUCAGGUUGUUCUUCAAAUGCGAGAAUUUUCAGAAGAUCGGGGCGUUCAAGGCGCGGGGCGCGUUUCAUGCCGUGACCAGACUGGUCGAGGAGAUGGGGAUCCAAGAGGUUCGACGGAGGGGAGUGGUCACGCAUAGUAGCGGUAACCACGCGCAAGCCCUUGCCCUCGCCGCUUCCACAUUCCAGAUCCCCAGCUACAUCGUGAUGCCAAGCAUCAGCACACCGUCCAAGAUCGCGGGCACGAGACUGUACACGUCCAACGUGAUCUUCAGUGGUUCGACAAGCCAGGAGCGCGAAGCCGUCGUACAAGAAGUCAUCGCCGACAAGGGCGCGAUUCUUGUCCCGCCGUACGAUCACCCAGAUAUCAUAUUAGGACAGGGGACGGUGGGACUGGAGUUGGAGGAGCAAGUUGAUGAGAUACUGCAGGAACUGGCUGCUGCUAGUUCUCCUCCCUCUCAAACUCAAAUACAGGGUCAGAGUCCCAUAGGUGGGACGAAGGAGAAAAAAGAGAAGAAGAAGAACGUCGGCGGUUUGGAUGCCGUCAUAACACCCCUUGGCGGCGGCGGGCUUCUGUCAGGCGUGGCGACCUGGUUCAGCGACAAACCUGGUACCCUGGUCUUUGGCGCGGAACCCUCAUAUCAAGGCGGCGAUGAUGGGCGACGUGGAUUGGCACAGGGCAAGAGGAUCGAGCAUGUCAAGACACUUACGAUUGCGGACGGCCUGAGGACGCCUGUCGGUGUGACGAAUUGGGAGGUGCUCAGCGACCGGCGGAAGUUGGAGGGCGUGUACGCCGUGAGUGAGGAGGAGAUCAAGAUGGCCAUGCGUCUUGUGUUUGAGCGGUUGAAGGUCGUGGUCGAGCCGUCGGGAUGUGUAGGUCUGGCCGUGGUCUUGUUCAACAGCGAAUUCCGAGCGCUGUGUGCGAGCCGGCAGAUAGGAAUGGAGAAGGAAGGCUGGGAUGUAGGGAUCGUGUUCUCGGGCGGCAAUACGACGAUGAAGGCUAUUGCUAAGUUGUUUGGGGAGGAUAAUGAGGGCGGGAGCGCGGAGAGGGAGGCGGCAAAGGUCGGGAUGGAUGGGACGACGAGAGCUGAGGAUGUCGCUGGUUAGAACAAUCUGCGAGAGAGCCCUCAGUGUGAAAGGGGGCACUUGAGCAGCAAUAGAUGUACUGUGGUAGAUACGGCACGAAUCUAGACUUCUACCUAGGUAGGUACUUUGGCUCCUGAGCAACUCGUCAAGAGAAGAACUGGAGGAGGAGUGGUACAUAAUAAGGAUAAUACCCGUUAGUGACAAGGCUGUGUUCAUAAGG